AAAAAAGCCUUAGCAGCCGGAGAAAAUUAUCCGGUGAAACAAUGGCGACUCCGGCAUGGAGUCAUGCCAAGGGUCAAUGGGUAGUCGCCAUGUUGGCGUUACUUGUUGGCUCGGCUAUGGCUACCGAACCUUACUAUUAUAGCUCUCCUCCACCACCUUAUGAGUAUAAAUCCCCACCGCCUCCGGUUAAAUCUCCUCCACCUCCUUAUGAAUACAAAUCUCCACCACCUCCGGUUGAAUCUCCACCACCACCGUAUUACUAUCAUUCACCGCCGCCGCCGGUGAAAUCCCCUCCACCUCCUUACGUAUACAACUCUCCUCCUCCUCCGGUGAAGUCUCCUCCACCUCCGUAUUACUACCAUUCUCCACCACCACCGGUGAAGUCUCCUCCCCCUCCUUAUGUAUACCACUCUCCUCCUCCACCGGUUAAGUCUCCUCCACCACCGUAUUACUACCACUCUCCACCUCCUCCGGUGAAGUCUCCACCACCACCAUAUUAUUACCACUCUCCACCACCACCAGUGAAAUCUCCUCCUCCUCCUUACUACUAUCACUCUCCACCUCCUCCGGUGAAAUCUCCACCACCCCCAUACUACUAUCACUCACCACCUCCUCCAGUGAAGUCUCCUCCACCACCUUACUACUACCACUCUCCUCCUCCUCCGGUUAAGUCUCCUCCGCCACCGUACUACUAUCACUCUCCUCCUCCCCCAGUCAAGUCUCCACCACCACCGUACUACUACCACUCUCCUCCUCCUCCAGUCAAGUCUCCUCCACCACCAUACUACUACCACUCUCCUCCUCCUCCGGUCAAGUCUCCCCCACCACCAUACUACUACCACUCUCCUCCUCCUCCGGUGAAGUCUCCACCACCACCGUACUACUACCACUCUCCUCCUCCUCCCGUUAAAUCUCCACCGCCACCAUACUACUACCACUCUCCACCACCACCGGUCAAAUCUCCUCCACCACCGUACUACUACAGUUCACCGCCUCCACCGGUGAAAUCACCACCUCCACCUUAUUAUUACUCGUCCCCACCACCACCAAAAUCUUACCCUCCACCAUACUACUACUCAUCUCCACCACCUCCACCAAAGUCGUACUCGCCACCGUACUACUACUCAUCACCACCACCUCCGGUGUCAUACCCUCAUCCUCACCCCCACCCACAUGCACUUGUCUUCAAGGUUGUUGGUAAAGUGUAUUGUUACAGAUGUUAUGACUGGACUUACCCCAAAAAGUCCCACGACAAGAAGCAUCUCAAAGGUGCUGUUGUGGAAGUGACUUGUAAGGCCGGUGACAAGACAGUGAAGGCAUACGGAAAGACCAAAAUCAACGGUAAAUACGCGAUCACCGUUAAGGGAUACAACUACCGUAAAUACGGUGGUGAAGUAUGUACGGCCAAGCUUCAUGCGCCGCCUAAGGGCUCGCCGUGUAACAUUCCUACAAGUUACCAUUUGGGCAACAAAGGUGCGAAGCUUCAUGUGAAAUCAAAGACAAAGUACGAGGUUGUGCUUUAUGCUAAGUCUUUUGCUUAUGCACCUAAGAACCCUUACGGAGAAUGCCACAAACCAGCUCCUUACCAUCCUCCUUAUUACUACAAAUCUCCACCACCGCCUUCCCCUGUUUACUACUACAAAUCACCACCACCACCGACUCCAACUUACGUCUACAAAUCACCACCACCACCGACUCCAACUUACGUCUACAAGUCGCCGCCUCCUCCUACCCCAACAUACGUCUACAAGUCCCCUCCACCACCGACUCCAACAUAUGUCUACAAGUCACCACCACCACCAACUCCAACAUACGUUUACAAGUCACCACCUCCUCCUACCCCGACUUAUGUCUACAAGUCGCCACCACCACCAACUCCGACUUAUGUCUACAAGUCACCACCACCGCCAACUCCAACAUACGUUUACAAGUCUCCACCACCACCAACCCCGACUUAUGUCUACAAGUCGCCACCUCCUCCAACCCCGAGUUAUGUUUACAAGUCACCACCUCCUCCUACCCCGACUUAUGUCUACAAGUCGCCACCUCCUCCAACCCCGACUUAUGUCUACAAGUCACCACCUCCUCCUACCCCGACUUAUGUCUACAAAUCUCCACCACCACCAACUCCUACUUAUGUCUACAAGUCACCACCUCCACCAACCCCGACAUAUGUCUACAAAUCACCACCACCACCAACUCCGACGUAUGUAUACAAAUCUCCACCACCCCCAACUCCGACUUAUGUUUACAAAUCACCACCGCCACCUACUCCCACCUACGUCUACAAGUCACCACCUCCCCCUACUCCAACCUAUGUUUACAAGUCACCCCCACCUCCAACUCACACUCCUACACCAUACUAUUACCAUUCUCCUCCACCACCAGUAAAAUCUCCCCCACCUCCGUAUUACUAUCACUCACCACCCCCACCGGUGAAAUCUCCACCACCACCAUACUACUACCAUUCACCACCUCCUCCGGUGAAAUCCCCUCCACCACCUUACUACUACCACUCACCACCUCCUCCGGUGAAAUCCCCUCCUCCACCAUACUACUACCACUCACCACCACCUCCGGUGAAGUCACCACCACCACCAUACUACUACCAUUCACCACCUCCUCCGGUGAAGUCACCACCACCACCAUACUACUACCACUCACCACCCCCUCCCGUGAAAUCCCCUCCUCCACCAUACUACUACCACUCACCACCACCUCCGGUGAAAUCCCCACCACCACCAUACUACUACCAUUCACCACCUCCUCCGGUGAAGUCCCCACCACCACCAUACUACUACCAUUCACCACCUCCUCCGGUGAAGUCACCACCACCACCAUACUACUACCACUCACCACCCCCUCCGGUGAAGUCUCCACCACCACCAUACUACUACCACUCACCACCCCCUCCCGUGAAAUCACCACCACCACCAUACUACUACCACUCACCACCCCCUCCGGUGAAGUCUCCUCCUCCACCAUACUAUUACCACUCACCACCCCCUCCCGUGAAGUCUCCUCCUCCACCAUACUACUACCACUCACCACCUCCUCCCGUGAAGUCUCCCCCACCACCAUACUACUACCACUCACCACCUCCUCCGGUGAAAUCUCCUCCUCCACCAUACUACUACCACUCACCACCUCCUCCUGUGAAUUCUCCUCCACCACCAUACUAUUACCAUUCACCACCCCCACCAGUGAAAUCUCCUCCUCCACCAUACUACUAUCACUCACCACCACCUCCGGUAAAAUCUCCACCACCACCAUACUAUUACCACUCACCACCCCCUCCAGUCAAAUCUCCUCCUCCACCAUACUAUUACAGCUCUCCACCACCACCAGUAAAAUCUCCCCCACCUCCAGAAGGGUCUAGGUCAAAGAGGAGAAGAAGUGAACCAAAUAAGGAUCGUCGCGUGGAAAUCAAAGACAACACAUCUCUAACAACGAUCCACAUCACUUCCUCUUCCUCAGUGUCGCUCAUCUUCCACUUCUGCAUUCUCAUCUCGUGUCUUCAUCACGUCAGAUUGUUUUCAAGACCCAUU